AUGAUGCGAAUCAAAGAAGCGAUCCAGCGAAAGAAGCUCAUCCAUGAGAUGAACGAGGAGUUUCGCGAGUUUGACUAUGACUUGUCGGCACAUUUGACCCAACCCCAACCAACAAGAUGCCCAUCCCCAAUGGUCAAAGGUGUCAUGCAGACGUACACUGAAGAGUAUGAAGCACGCGAAUGCAGACUUCAAAGUUUUGUUUUAUACCUUUCGGGAAGAUUGACCGAUUUGCAAAAGCGAGCCUUGAAAAUCACGUGGAAACGACUUUCGGAAGUGCCGAAGACAUCUGGUAGAGGGACACUUCACAUAAUGGAAAAGGUGCUUACAAAAUUAUGCGAAAAAUCGCCUGGCGUCACCGCGAUUUUCUACAAAUCGGCGUUUUUGUCGUGCAUUGAGGAUAGAAAAGACCACGCUCAUAUUUUAAUCACGUUAAUCGAUGACAUAUUGCAUAUAAUGUUCGAAGGACCAUUGGAAGACGCGAAAUAUGAUCCCGAUAGUAUUGGUGAGGCCCAUUGUCGUCUAGGCCCACUUGGAUUUGAUCGCUCAAUUUGGCAUGUAUUUGGAGAGUGUUUUGCUGAGGUGAUGUUCAAUCAAGAGUGCAUACGUGCCUAUCCUCACGCUCCAUCGGCGUGGUCUCUUCUCGCCGUGGCACUCACUGAUCGUAUAUUAUCAGCCAACAAAAUGUCAAUACCGAAGAGUGCCUCACGGAUUGACCUGUCUGCUCAGGCUCCGAAUGCAUCGUCGCGAUGCCCAUCAUUGGCGGCGGCGAAUUUCAAUUUCACGCCACAUAAAAGAUCGCUGCCGUCGGUUGCACAAGUCUCAUUGGAUUUCUCCGAGAUGAACUAUAGAAAACAUGACAGCGAAGAUGAGAUAUUUGUGACGGCGCGCACAAGUUUCGAUCCGAUGUCGCAGUCGAUGUCGAUUCCGACAACGCCGCACAGAAAACUGCCGUCGACAAUGCGAAGAAGCUUGUAUUCAGAAUCGAAUUGGUAUGAUUCAUCAUUGUUCUGGAAGAUUGAGCAAUGA